AUGCGGCGCGUAUCUUCACGGUUCAUACCCAUUCUCGCCUCUCUGCUUUUCGUAUGCAUCAUCUACAACCUUUCAACCUCCAACCAAGGGUACUUAGCAGAACCCUUAAAUGAAAAGACACCUCGAAAACCAGCGACGCGACCUUUCCAGGGGGCAUCUACCGCUCAAAGGUAUCAAGCAAGGGUGCGGAAGUGUCCGAACUAUGCAGACUACGCAUCUGUCCCGCACUACCGCGACGAGGUUAGUGCGACACCGCUCGACCUACCAUUCCAAAGGCCACCAGAAAACUGCAGGACUUUCACGUCCGAGCUUGUUGAAAAGUUCAUAAGGCAGUUCACCUCCCGGUUCAGGGAUCGCGACCUUGCCAGGCUCUUUGAGAAUAGUUUCCCGAACACGUUGGACACUACUAUACUUUGGCAUGUCUCGGGGUCGAGCAACAGGAAGCUCAGAAAUCAUAAAGAAAAAAGCGCUCUUUUUAGGAAUGAGUUUCCAGAGACUUUCGUGGUUACAGGGGAUAUACAUGCCGAAUGGCUCCGCGACUCUGCAUGGCAACUUUCAGUAUACCAGCCUUUCAUCAAGUAUGAUGGUAAACUAGCAGAGCUCAUCAGAGGUGCCAUUAACACUCAGGCACAGCUUGUAAUAAACAAUCCAUUUUGCAACGCGUUCCAUCCCCCCUCUUAUUGCUCUGUCAAAAGGGGCAGGAGCUCUAUUGACAACGUCGAUCCAAAGCCUAACUGGAGCCAAGUUUUCGAGUGUAAAUACGAGGUCGAUUCUUUGGCAUCUUUCUUGACGCUAUCACGUCAGUACUACGAGAACGCUCCGCAAGAGCUCAAAUUUUCGUUUGUAACCCCGGAUUGGAUAUCGGCCGUCGAAAAGCUUAUGAUUGUGGUUUCUGUUGAAUCCGAUUCCACUUUCGAUGAAGAUGGGUUCGUGAAUACGUUUCCGUAUGUUUUCCGCAGAAACACUAACGUGGCGUCCGAGACGUUACCGUUGGCAGGUACGGGAAACCCUGUGAACAGUGGAAUAGGACUAGUGAGAUCUGCGUUUAGGCCGAGCGAUGAUUCCACAAUCUUCCAGUAUUUCAUCCCUGGGAAUGCUCACCUGUCGGUGGAACUAGAAACCCUCGCCGAGUACUUGCGUGGUUACUUGAAGCAAACCACAAGCUCGCCUUCCGAAUUGGAGAGAGUUAAAGAGCUGAUCUCCGCAGCGGCAGUUACAUCUUCUCGGAUUAGAGACGGUAUCAUGGACCAUGCAAUAGUCAAGCAUCCCAAGUUUGGAAAGGUUUUUGCGUAUGAAAUUGAUGGGUUCGGAAGCUCUUUGUUGAUGGACGACGCCAACAUCCCCUCUCUACUCUCGCUGCCUGACCUUGGGUUUCUUGAUGUCGACGAUGAAAUCUAUCAGAACACGAGAAGGAUGAUAACAUGUAAGGAAGGAAAUCCUUACUACAUCAAGGGCACACACUUUGAAGGGAUAGGCGGACCGCAUAUUGGAAUACACAACGCUUGGCCAAUGAGUUUACUGGUAGCUAUACGAACAUCUGAGAAUGACAAGGAGAUUGAGAGGUUACUUGAUAUGGUUUUACAAAGCACUGGCGGUCUCGGGCUCAUUCACGAGUCUGUCCAAGCGUUUAAAGAAGGCGGCAGCACGUACACCAGACCAUGGUUUGCCUGGGCAAACUCUGAAUUUGCAAAGACUAUUCUGCAGCUAGCUCAAACCAAGCCGUAUCUAAUUUUCCGCGAUGAGUAUGCCGCGGAGGGAUUCACAUUACAAAAUUUUUUGUUGUCACUGCCACAACAAGCUGGGAGUGAUUGA